CUCCGAGGCAUGUGACUGCGCGCCCACGCGAACCGUCAGACAGAUGCGGAGAAAGCGAGGGAGGAAAGGCGAAGCAUCACUUUAACUUAAUUUAACUUUAACCAGCGAACACUGGAACUCCAGCCGGACGUAUUCUGGGGAUUACUAUCAUUUGAACCAUCGAGGGGUUUUGCAAAGGUUUUUGUGUGUGUUGGAGUUCCGUUUGACCAUGGAUUCAGUCGCACCUGGGAAAAAAAGGGUGAGUUCAGAGCGGAGAAAGGAGAAAUCCAGAGAUGCAGCGCGUUGUCGGAGAGGAAAAGAAUCCGAGGUGUUUUAUGAACUGGCCAGAGAACUGCCCCUCCCCCACAGUGUCACCUCUAACCUGGAUAAAGCAUCUGUCAUAAGACUCGCACUCAGUUACCUGCGCCUGCGUACACUACUGAAAACAGAUGUACUGGACGUGGAGUCUGAAUUAGACUCUCAGUGGAACAGUUCAUAUCUGAAAGCUCUGGAUGGGUUUCUCAUGGUUCUUUCUGGUGAUGGCGACAUCGUCUACCUGUCGGAGAGUGUCAGCAAGUGUCUGGGCCUUCCUCAGGUCGACUACACUGGACAUAGUGUGUUUGAGUUUACUCAUCCGUGUGACCAUGAGGAGCUCAGAGAAAUGCUGGCACAGAGGACUGGUCUGUCUAAGAAAACAAAGGAGCAGCACACAAACAGAGGUUUUCUGUUGAGGAUGAAAUGUACACUGACCAGCAGAGGGCGCACUGUCAAUGUCAAAUCUGCCUCCUGGAAGGUGCUGCGCUGUUCGGGCCAUAUCCACACAACAGAUGGCAUCAAGAAAGUUGUGGUUGAGGAAAACAAUAUGAGUUCUUCAUACCUGGUGCUCAUCUGUGAGUCUAUUCCCCACCCGAUGAACAUUGAGGCUCCUCUGGACUCUAGAACAUUUCUCAGCCGCCACACUUUAGAUAUGCGCUUCACCUAUUGCGAUGAGAGGAUCACAGAGCUGUUGGGUUUUGCUCCAGUAGAACUGUUGCAGCAUUCUGUGUAUGAAUACUAUCACGCACUGGAUUCUGACCACAUGACCAAAGCACACCACUACUUGUUUGUGAAGGGACAAGUGUGUACUGGACAGUACCGGCUUCUGGCUAAAGCAGGAGGGUUUGCUUGGGCAGAGACUCAAGCCACUGUAAAUCUAUAA